CGAUAUGGUGAGGUUGGUACCCUCGAUUAUGUACUGUCUCUGGCUGGGGGUGUACUUGUUUAUUCUCCUUGUUUUCUCUCGUUGUAUAACACUUUUUCCUGAGCAUGACCGGAGUUGUAUAUUUGGGAUGGAGGGCUGUUUUUGUUUUUUGUUCUCGGGAGUUUUUUUCUUUAGCUGCAGACCAAAAUUGUACUUCAAUGCUUAAUGGUAGUGUAUGUUCGUCUCGAGUCUCGGUGUCUGCAUGACUGAAUCGCACGGAUACGCUGCGCUGUACCUACGACAUGUAGAUUUUACAGUCUGCGUUACAGAACCAAGCUUAUUCUUCGCAGUGCCAUUCAUGAACGAUGUUCGGCCAAAAUGGCCUCGGAGGCAGGCACAACAUUCGACAGGCUCUAUAGGGAUAUUCACUCAUAACAAUAGUAGCCUCAAUACAGUAUGGACAGGAAGACAAGUCAAGGUGGCGGGCUUUGAAAAAAAAAAAAAAAGGUCACAAGGAGGAGGAUCUAACGAUAAACGCCUAGAAUGCGCCGACCCAGGGAAGAUUGUAUCGCUCAAACGCCAUGAAACAACGUUGCAACAGUAUCAUGAACCAGGAGGUAAAAGAAGCUGCGCUUUAUCGUGCAAUGCUGAUGCAAUUCAUGCUCGAGGACGAAUAGAUGUGGGGUGCAGCAGAUGUGUGGGGGGUGUAUUAAGAAGCGGUAGUAAUGCAAAUGGUGAUAGCAGAAAGAAUGGUAAUAGGCCCCAAUGGUAUCACAGCUGGAAAUGCACCUCAGUAAGCAAAGUGCAUCGUUGUUUCCGAACUUCCGGAAGCCGAAGUCCGAGAGGAGGUGGGGAGGUAGAAGACACAUCAGUGCGGAGACCAAGGCAAUGAGGGAGGUCAGAGUUCGGCAAUCGAAUCAGUGACCGUGGCAGCUUGGUUCUUCGCUGUUUCGUAGAGGACAUCCAUCGUUUGAGUGCCGACUUCGCGGAAUACUGAACUGAUGGUCGGAAGAUUCCCGGAGAUGA